AAUAAGGUAGAAGCUCAUGUAUGGUAGAUGGCGAAGGAAGGGUGAUGCUUACACGCGCGCUUGCUUUGCGUGUGACUUAACUCGCAAUCAUUCUCCAUCUGCUUCUCAAGCAACACACAGCAGAGCCAAAUUCACAGAUCCCCCAAUCCGUCAACGCCAAAAUCCUUCGGUUUUUUAUGAAACUUGAAACCAACCCUAACCCAAUCCCAUAUACUUAGGUCACAACACAAUUGCAUAAUCCCCUUUCUCGAUCCAAUUUUCACAUAUCAUAUUAUAUUAUCCUUCUAAUGUGAUCGUUUCAGCUUCCUCUCUCUCAGAUCCAACUUCUCCCUUUUCAGUUUCCUUCUUUUCUUAAUCCGUUUCCUGUGGCAAACUAAUUAACAGGGGUUUAAUUUAGUUGUUUUAUUGGGUACUGAGUUUGGAUUGAUGUACAAUGCAGAGAACUCGUAAAGCUCUUCUGUUGGAAAGAAGAGCUUUUGGUUUAGAAAAGCCUAAUAAGAAUAACACAGAUGGGAGCAAACAACAACAGUUGUAUAAAGUUUCAAUCUCAUUGGUAUUUGUUCUCUGGGGCUUAAUCUUACUCUUCAGCUUGUGGAUUAGUGGCGGCCAUGGUUACUCCGAACAUCCACUUGGUGUAUCAAACUGGAAUGAAGAUAAGCAUGGACAGUGUAAAAUAUCUCAUUCUGCUUUUGAUUUUUUUAUCAAAGCAAAUGAUGCUUACAUUUCUUCUGAGGCUAUACAUGGUGUUGAGUCACUCCCCAAUGAAGAGAGCCGAGAUUUUGCUGUAACUGAUCCUAUUAACAAGGAAACUUCUCAUUCUCCUGCUAGAGAGGAACCUGUAUUGGAGAGUCAUCAAUCUGCUGCCAAACUUGAAGAAAAUUUAACUUGGGAUGUGCCUCUUGGUCUCGAUGAAUUCAAAAGCAGAGCAAUUAGUUCAAAAACUAAAUCUGGCGGUAGUCCAUCUGUAAGUGUAAUACAUAGAGUGGAGCCUGGUGGUGCUGAAUACAAUUAUGCUUCAGCAGCUAAGGGUGCAAAAGUGUUAGCUUCUAACAAAGAAGCCAAAGGUGCCUCUAAUAUCUUAAGCCGAGACAAAGAUAAAUAUCUUCGAAAUCCAUGUUCUGCUGAAGAGAAAUUUGUCGUUAUUGAACUCUCAGAAGAAACCUUAGUAGAUACAAUAGAGAUAGCUAAUUUUGAGCACCAUUCUUCCAAUUUAAAAGCUUUUGAACUGCAUGGAAGUUUGGUCUAUCCAACGGAUGAUUGGGUUUUCCUUGGGAAUUUCACAGCCUCAAAUGUGAAGCAUGCUCAAACGUUUGUUCUUCAGGAACCAAAAUGGGUGAGAUAUCUAAAAUUGAAUCUUCAAAGCCACUAUGGUUCAGAAUUUUACUGCACACUGAGUGUGGUUGAAGUUUAUGGUGUGGAUGCUGUUGAGAGGAUGCUGGAGGAUUUGAUAUAUACUCAAGAUAAUUUAUUUGCAUCUGGAGAGGGUAAUGGUGACAAGAAGACAGUAUCACUUCAUCCUAACCCUGCUGAGAGUGAAAAUAUACAACAGAAUGCUUCCGAGGGGAUCUACUCUGACCCUGCUUCAGAUAUCUCUUCUGCAAGUCAUGGAACUGUAAAUAGUAAUGUUCCUGAUCCGGUUGACGAAAUCCGUCAGCAAGUUGGCAGGAUGCCUGGGGAUACUGUUCUCAAGAUUUUAAUGCAGAAAGUUCGUUCUCUAGACUUAAAUUUAUCUGUCCUGGAGCGGUAUUUGAAAGAUUUGAAUUCUAGAUAUAUCAAUAUUUUUAAAGAUUACAGAAAAGAAAUAGAAGAAAAAGAUAUACUUCUACAGAAGUUCAAAGAAGACGUUAGGGAACUCCUUGAACAGCAGGAUAUUUUGAUCAAAGAGGCUAGUUAUCUAAAUACCUGGAAGUCCCAUAUUUCCAUACAGAUGGAUCAUCUUCUCAAAGACAAUGCUGCUUUGAGAUCUGAGGUUGAAAAGGUCAGGGAGAAGCAGGCUUCUUUAGAGAACAAGGGUGUAGUGGUCUUUUUCAUUUGUUGUAUAUUUGCAAUGGUAGCUAUAUUACGGCUAGCUCUGGAUAUGACUGCAAGUGUCUAUAGAGUACUAAGUGUUAAUAGAACACUUCAUUCCAUGAAAUUUUGUAAUGGUAGGUAUCCCUGGUAUCUCUUAUUGUUUAGUUGUAGUGUUAUUAUUUUCAUAUUAACUUUGUGAUAUCUCAUUUUUGAAAAUAUAUUAUUUUUGUGUUA